AUGAGAGUCGCUGCCGCCGCCGCCGCUGCCAUCUGCACCUUCUUCUCCUUCAUCCAGCUGACGCCCGCUCCCGUCGCGGCGGUCGCCGAAGUCAUCGCGGGUGCCCUCCAGGGAGGCAUCACGACCUUCACGGGCUCCGUUCUCAGCGCUGCCACCGCGUUGGGCGUCAAAGGAGCUGCGGGGCACCACAAGCGAGACGGAUUCAUCACCGUCGACCCUCGUGGGAACGACCCGUUUGCGAACCUGCCCCAGCCCGCGGCCGACGAGUGCAAGGGCCAGCUCCACGGGGCGACGAUUAACUUCUCGCCGCUCCCUAACAACGGGGUGCAGAUCGAUGGCGUCCCGUCGGCCUGCAUGACGCUGGCCACUGUGUUCCUGGGGACCAAUCCCGAGGGCCCGGCGCCUACUCCUAUGGGAUCGGCGAGCUUGGCGUAUCAUAACCUGAGCAAUGAUGAGCUGAACCAGCUGCAGGCUGCUUUGAAUAGCAACCAGGGUCACUGA